CAAUUACUUUUUAAAGCACUGUAUUGUUUUUACUAUUCAAUUUUAUCAUCAAUUAAAAGAAAUCAAAUAUGUGCUUACUAAUACAAGUGAAUUUUAGAUGAAUAGUUAAAAAAAUCACAUUGAGAUUUAUUUAUCAGCUGAAAAUAAUAUAUCAAAGCAAAUGAAUUUAUUUAAAUCGAUACAAUGAAUCCAAAUAAUACCAUAGAACAAAUAGCAAUAGACUCACCUGACUUGAUGCAUUCUAAUCCAAGUGAUAGCAAUGCAAGUGACACACAGAAAUCAGAGGAUGCUCCAACAGUAGAAUCAAUACUGAUAGGUGGAGAACAACGUGACACUCCACAUAAAAUGAUGAUUGAAUGCGUUAAGGAGUAUCACAGCAAAUUAGAUGUGUCACAAUAUAAAGGUAAAGGAAAAGUGGACUUCUACGUAUGUUGUAUAUGUUUUGAGAUUUUUCCGAAAGUAGAAAAGUUACGACUCCAUUUCAUAAAAUUGCAUGGCUAUAAGUUGGCUGGUACAGCUGAGUUAGAAAUGUCUAGUGAAAAAAUUGACAGCAACGCAAAUAUUCAUGUUGACGAUGGUUCUGAAAUAACUAAUAUUCAAGUGAUAACAGAAACUAAACCAGAUAAAGUCAAUAUUAUAACUAAAGAUAACGAAGAAAAUGAUACAAACAAUGAAUCAAAUUGGCAAAGACCGAUAUCAUUGAAAGGUUUUAAGAAGAAACUUAACGAAAUAUUUCUUGUAAAAUGCUCACUAACAGGUUGCGCAUAUUAUUUUGAAAACGAUGAACGACGUCAAAUGCAUGAGAAAUGUCACGUUUCAAUCGACGUGGAUCAAGUGAGACAGUUCAAAUGCCUAGAAUGUGCAAGUGAAUCGAAAUUAUGGCGUGAUUGUACAUCUCAUAUGUGGAAAGAACAUAAAAUUGAUAUUGAUUUAUUAAAAUGUCCAUUUUGUUCAUUUAAAUCAGUGUUUGCAGUCAAAGUCUAUCGUCAUCUUCAAAUCCAUGACCAAUUGAAAGGUUUUCUUUGCUCACUGUGUCCAAAAUCCUUCGAGCAGUUUAAUCAGUUGCGGCAACAUGUUGCGACGGCGCAUAUAGAUAAAAAUGGGUCAUCCCGAUGGUAUUCCAAAAAAACUUGUGAUAUUUGCUCGAAUGUAUUUGCCACUUCAAAAACUUUAUCGAAGCAUAUAAAAGCAGUUCAUAACCGUAUAAAACCAUUCAUCUGUUCUGUAUGUGGUUACAAAUCAGCUAGAAAGUCCACAUGGGAGAUUCAUAUGCGACAGCACACGGGUGAAAAACCAAUGUCAUGUAAAGUGUGUUCUUUCUGCACAGCAGAUCCAAGUGUUUUGCGGAAACAUGAAAUGCGUCACAAUGAUAAAACAAAAUAUCAGUGCACAGAAUGUGAUUAUACAUCAAUACAGUCCAUUAACUUCAAAAAUCAUAUGAAACGUCAUCAUCCUGAGCUAUUUCGCAAGCUACUUUGCGAUCAUUGCAGUUUUGUUUCUGUAAAUUUGGAUGCCUUGCGAAAACACCUACAAGACCACAAACUUGGAUUGAUUCGAAAUGAAGACUCGAACGAUGAUCUUCAUGCAACAACAUCAAAAUUGUCUAAUUUACAACAGAAUGAUCGCAAAACUGUUGAAAUAUCUUCCGAUUGCUUUUUACCAGUCGAAAGUACCGAUUCUUUGGCACAAGAAGCUCUUACUAGUGGGGGGGUAACAAUACCGGCACAGCAUUCCGAUGAAGCUCAAUUUCCACACAGUUGUUAUUAAUCAUACCAGCAUACAAAUAUGUAAUAAUUUCUAUACAAUUUAAUAUUGAAAAAUGUGAUGCUUUAGUCUAUUACAGACGUAAUUUUCGUAUCAAAUAAAAAGUAGAUAUCUGACAUCGAUGAUGAAGACUAUAAAUAUAGAAUUAAGAUAAUUUAAACAAAAAAUA